UUUACUUCCGGUUCCUCCAUGUUUCCUCCCUGAUUGCCCACACCUGGUCCCAAACAUUUUCACCUGUUGUUAGUGUCCCUCGUGUGUUUUCACCCGUGUUUCUUGUCACUUUAUCUCGUCAGUUAAGAUUGCAGGUGACAUAAUUCCAAGCAUUAACGUGUUUACGCGGUGAACUGUUUCUGUGGGUAGCGGUGGAGGGGGCGGAGCAUGAGGAGACGGCACUCAUUCAGCACUUCUAAAAAUGACUUCUACAGUGAGGAUCCAGGGUAGUGGUGUUGGAUCAGCCGAGGAGACACAGCCCUGUCUCUCACCUUCAGGUGAAUAGCAUGGGAAGGGGAAGUCUUUACCUGGGAGAAAGAGAGAGGCGGGGCCUGCAACAUGUUGCUCCAGCAGAACGAAGAAAGAGAAGAGAAAGGAGGGGUUGGAUGAACACAGGUGUGCGUAUUAUGAAAACCAGCUGAACGAUGGUUAUGAAAAUCGUGUUGGCCAGCUGAGACUCAGGAUUGAUGGAGUGUUCGGCUUUGUCGCCUGGUUCCAAGGUGCUUCAGAGCAGCACUGGCAAACGGGUGAAUACAUUUCUUUUGGAAUCUUUGGUGAUUUAUCUGCUGCUAAUAAUGGAAACAAAGGUUUGAUGCAUAUGGAUUUGUGUGUGCAGUCUUGGUUCUCUCUCAUCAGGAUUGCACCUGUAACUUCCAGCAGAGUUUCUUCCAGAGAGCAGAAGUCUACAAACAGAAGUCUACAAACAGAAGUCUACAAAAGUCCACAACACAAUGGCCACACAAAGCAUUGAAUCUGACUUCUCAUGGGAGGUGAAGGCAAACAGCCACCACUACCAUAAAGACAAACUGAAGAAAUCUUUCCUGUGCUGCCACUGGGGUCGGUACUCGGACAAUGUGGUGCGCAGCUACAAGUAUUCCCCUCUGACGUUUCUGCCCCUGAUGCUCUUCGAGCAGUUCCAACGAGUGGCUAAUUUCUAUUACCUGCUUAUGGUGACGUUGCAGUGUGUCCCUAUCAUUUCGACCAUACCCUGGUACAUCGCCAUGAUCCCACUGCUUGCCGUCCUCAUCGUGAGAGGUUUGAAAGAUUUCGCCAAUGACAUGGCAAGGAGACGCAGCGACUCACAGAUUAACUCCCGACCCUGUGACAUACUCAUCUCCCAGAGAUUUAAUGCAGCACAGUGGAAGGACCUGUGUGUGGGAGAUAUACUGCGAAUCCACAAAGACCAAGUCAUCCCUGCGGACCUUCUCCUCCUGUGUAGUUCGGAGAAUCACAGUCUCUGCUAUGUGGAGACGGCGGACAUCGAUGGAGAAACCAACCUCAAGUAUCGGCAGGCGCUCGAUGUUACGCACACCGAGCUGACCUGUCACCCCUCAGAGGAGUCCCUUGCAGCUUUUGAUGGUGUUGUGUUCUGCGAGGAGCCCAACAAUCGCCUGUAUACCUUCAGAGGAGAGCUGCACUGGCAAGGACAGUGUCAUCUGCUGGACAAUGAGCACAUCCUCCUGAGGGGAACAGUCCUACGCAACACUGAGUUUGCCUAUGGCUUGACCCUAUAUGCUGGCACUGACACCAAGAUCCUGAAGAACUGCGGGAAACUGACAGUAAAGAAGACACAAAUGGAAAAAGUUUUUAACAGGCUGGUGAUCGGGAUUGUCGUGAGUGUGCUGCUGGUAGCUGUGUGUCUUGCCAUCGGCAGCUGUAUUUUUUCGAGUCAGGUCAUGAGCCUGACGGAGGAUUUAUAUUUUCUGGUGGUUAACGGCAAUCCCGUCUACACCGGCUUUAUCGCCAUGUGGAGCUACGUCCUCCUGCUCAGCCCAGCCAUGCCUGUAGCCCUCUACAUCUCGUUUGAUCUGAUUCACACGGUUCACAGCCUCUUCAUUAACUGGGACUUAGAGAUGUAUUGGCAGGAGGCAGACAAACCGGCCCAGGCCAGAAACACCUCCCUGAAUGAAGAGCUGGGCCAAGUGGAAUACCUGCUGAGUGACAAAACUGGGACACUAACCCAGAACCGUUUGCUCCUCAGACAGUGCUGCAUAGCUGGGGAGAUCUACGGGGAUGUAUCCAUCAGCGCAGAGGACAUGGAGCCCAUGGACUUGAGCUGGAAUCCAUUCUCGUGUGGCACUCUGUUCAUGUCAGCUCCCAGUCUAGUGGAGAAUCUCAGAGGACAACAGUGUCCACUCAGCAGUCAGUUUUUCAAAGCACUGUCUUUGUGUCACACUGUCAUGGCGGAGUGGAAGGAAGAGAGACCAGUUUACCAGGCCGCAUCCCCAGACGAGGAGGCUCUUGUUGGUGCAGCCAGGGAGCUGGGCUGGGUCUUCCUCUCACGGACAAGAGACUUUGUUGUUGUUUCCGAGCUGGGUGUUACCCGACAGUAUCAGUUGUUGGCACUGUUGGACUUUACCAGCAAAAGGAGACGCAUGUCUGUACUGGUUCGGGAGCCAGAGGGUGGUUUAAAGCUCUACUGUAAAGGCGCAGACAUGGUGAUCCUGGAGCGACUGCAGAAGGACGUUCCAUUUCAGGAAAGGACUGAAAAAGCACUUGAGCUAUUUUCUCAGUCCUGUCUGAGGACUUUGUGUGUUGCUGUUCGAUCGGUUCCUGAGGCAUCUUGGGAGCAGUGGCGCAAAACUCUGACCCGGUCUGCUACCAUGGCAACAUGUGAUCGCGAUGCACUGUUGGAGAAGCUAUAUGAUCAAAUGGAGAUGGAGCUCCUGCUUUUGGGGGUGACAGCCAUAGAAGACCGGCUUCAGGAAGGUGUUCCCGAGACUAUUUCUCUCCUUCAACAUGCUGGCAUUAAAGUAUGGGUACUAACUGGGGACAAAAAAGAGACUGCAGUGAACAUCGGAUAUUCUUGCAAACUACUGGAUGCUGAUACCAGAUUACUGGAAUGGCAGGAGCUGAGACAAAUACUCCAGGCCCCAGAUCCCAGGGUCAGUUUCCACAAGGCCAGACAGACGGAGGUGUGGGCUGUAGACAAGGAGACGGCCAGGCCAAAGACUGCUGUGGUCCUCACUGGACCUGAACUGGUAGAGUUUGACCAAAGACCAGAAUGGGGUGCUAAGUUCAUGAGUCUGGCAAGUCAGUGUGAGUCAGUGCUGUGCUGCCGUGUGACACCUGGGCAGAAAGCUGACAUCGUCACAAUGGUCAAGAAACACACCAGCUCUGUAACCAUGGUAAUUGGGGAUGGUGCCAAUGAUGUAAACAUGAUCAAGACGGCUCAUGUUGGUGUGGGACUGGCAGGAGUGGAGGGAGGUCAAGCAGUGCAGAAUGCAGACUUUGCCUUGUCCCAGUUCAGGUUUCUGCAGAGGCUUCUACUGGUCCAUGGGCGCUGGUCAUACAGGCGCAUUUCCACCUUCCUGCUGUAUUUCCUAUUCAAGACCUGCAGCUUUGCUCUGGUGCACAUAUGGUAUGGGUUCUUCAAUGGCUUCAGUGCACAGCGGCUGUAUGAGACAUGGUUCAUCUCUCUCUACAUAUCCCUGUAUACAUCGUUCCCAGUUAUGUGUACGGCCUUCUUUGAGCAGGAUACGAGUGCAGAAAACAGCCUGAAGUAUCCAGAGCUGUACAAGACUGGCCAGAGACGGGAGCUCUCCAGCCCUCUGAUGCUUUCCUUGUCGCUGGUGUACGCUCUCUAUGCCUCGCUUAUUCUCUUCUUCAUACCUUAUGGAGUUUUCCACGACACAGCCUUUGACUACCAGACCAUGGCCGUCACUGUCUCCAUGGCAGCAACAUUUACUGCCACGAUUGAGAUUAUUCUGGUGACGAGAUACUGGACAAAGUUCAAUUUUUCAGUUGUGUGCGUCUCUGUGUUGCUGUUCUUCAUCUUUACCAGGAUCUUCCAAAGCUCACGCUUGUUUCAGAAUUCACCCAGUGACUUCUUCUUUGUUGGUGUGUCUGAGAAGGCCUUCCUCGACCCAGUUGUAUGGCUCACUGCUCUGCUCACUGCCUGGGUGGCUGUUCUGCCCUCCUUGACCGCUCAUGGCCUCAAUAUCAUCCUUACCGUCAACAACACACACAAGGUCCACAGCAUGUCCACUCGGCCGGUGGAGCUGAAGUCAAAGUUCAGCAGAGGGUCCUUUGGUCGCUCGUCUUUUGCCAUCUCUCAGGGCACUGGAACUGGACGCCUCAUCACUUCUGCGACCCACAUUCACAGCACAGCUCCACCAGUGGAUAAGAAGGUGACUACAUGUAGUAUCUCCCCCACCAAGGCCAAACUCUCAUGAAGGACAAUAGUAAUACCUUGAACGGAAUGUGAAUAAUGAAUGAGUUUUAAAUGGGGAAAAUGUGAGAAUAUAUAGAUUUAGUCUCCAACGUAGAAUUGAAAUCAUGACUUAUCAAUAUGUCUGCAUUUGUACUGUUUUUGUGGACAUUUCUAAGUGGACCCAUUGCUCUUUUCUAUGGCUACAAUUUUCCAAUAAAGAAAAUAACAUGUACAUAAUACAUUAUGUUCCACAAAUCUAGUUUAUUACCUUUACAUGUAAACACUAUGUACAGCUUUCCUCUCUGUGAAUAUCGCCUCUUUGAUGUAUGUAGGAGCUUUGUGGUAAAAAUCAAAUUCCCCUCUGCUGGGGUCACAGGGGAUUCCCUUCAAAGAUCAAAACAAACUCAAUAAACUGACAGCGCAGCUUUGUUUUACAAUUGUUUUAUUUGUUAAUUUAUUUCAAAACACGCAAUUUUUACCCAUAUUAUCCUUUUAAGUUUUUAUUUUUCUGUAACAGUUAUUACUCAGAUUUUUUUCUUUCUCAAAAGUCUCAACUAGAGUGAAACUAAAAGUCCUGCACAGGCUCUCCGGCUUCUGCAGUGGGAGGAGGGAAAAGAGGUUUUCUGACCAGACGUUGUGAGUGGGCUUAUCCCUUGCUUCUGUGUGGGUGGAGGUGAGUGUGUGUAUGUGUUAAGUGUGUGUGUGUGUGUGUGUUUAAGUGCAAUAGGUGGAAUGUCCACAGGGCUGUUAAAUCACAGGACCCGUAGAGCAGCCCGUAAAGCUGAACAUAGUUUGGUAGCCAGAUUGUCAUACCUCUGAUUUCAUCUUUGGUUUUAGCAAACACUCUCAAAGGGCAGACUCACCUUCUCCAGUAUGUGCCUGUGUCUGUCUGUGUGUCUGUUUGUCAUGCUGUCUGUCUGAGUGCAAUAUAAGCCACCAUCUCUAGACGACUUUGUAAACUCAAGUAAGUACAAUGUUACUGUCUUUGCAUUGAUUGUGGCCCUUCCUUGGCUCUGGGGACAAAGACAGUCGAACACUGUAGAGGAAAUGGAGCCAUGCGUGGGGAGGAGCAGCUUGCAAAUAUCAACAUGGACUCCAUUUUGAUGUCAGUGGCAGUUUGGGGCGUUAGUGUAAAGCUGUACAACAUGUCUAGUGAAACAUGGGUUGCUGUAGUGCUCGUCUUUCCCCGAGCCACUCUACAUUUUACCCUGAGUGACUGGGGAUUCUCUGCCUGCACUGGGCUUGUGGAAAAGGAUUGGGUGGGGAUGGGGGGGGGGUCAUGGAGGUCCAAGUAUGAGCAUCUAAAUGUUGAGGAUGGGGGUUGUCGGGGGGGUUGAGGGUUGUACACUCUGACCCAGCAGCAACGAUUAAGAUUGGGGGGGUCAGGUGUUUGCAUAGUUCUCUGUGCAAAAGCCACCAACCGGAGCCAUUUUUAUUCCUCGCGGUUGGUUACAUCAUCAUUAGAUUAGCAGGAAAAUCAUGGCAGGUGACGCGAAAUGUGGUCUUUGCACCACAGCUUUCUUUUGUAUCGUACUUCUCCUGCAUUGCACUACAUGGUGGCAGGAGGGUGAAAAGCAACAAAGCAACAUGAUGAGGGAGUGAAUUUAAAAUGUUUUUCAUUCGUGUGUCAUGGAGAGUUUGUAAUUUGAAGAGGAGUUUGGCUGCAGUGACGUGGCAAAUAUGUGUCGGAGAUGGAACGGCAGUCAUUUGGCAGUCGGGCACUACAGCUCAUCACAGUUCAGACAACCUCUUUUCCCUUGAUUUUGUUUUCUUCGUCCUCCCCUCCUCCUCCCCACUGGCCUGCCCUCUCUCUACCUUUUUUCUUGUUUUGAAACUGAUUGUCUUCUACCAUCACAAAGACACUUGGUUCUGAUUGAUUAACAGGUAACAGAAGAGGGAGAGCACAGUGUGACUGGGGGUGUCCACGUCAGCCCCACCGGCAACCUAUUCAUCUCACAGUGAAAUGACACACACACAUA